CUUAUAUGAUGAUUGAUAAAGCCUUAGAUAAGUUUAUUCCCUUUAUAGAAUUUCUUCUUGAUAAGAGAGAUGAAUUAUUAGUUGAUCCAAUUCGUGGAGAACUCUAUUGUCUAAUGUAUGUAUUUAAAUUAUAUUGUAUGAGUAAUGGAUAUGAAGUGAAUAAUCUUGAACAAGAUAUUUUUACUUAUUAUAUUGAAGAGUUUAAUUUAAUAAGUGGUCAAGCUCUUAAAUGGGAUCCAAUAGUGGAGGGGAAUAUGAAUAUUAAUUCAAUUAUUGAUAUGCCUAAACUUAAUUGGAUUAAUCUUGCUGCAAUUAUAAUUCUUAAGCAUAGAUUAAAUAAUAAUAAUAUUGGUGAAUCUAUUGAUUCCUUUGAAGAGUGUCAUUCACCAUUAAAACUAAUAAAUAAUAAUGAUUCUUGUCAUAAUCAAUUAUUAGAUUUACUUGAUAAUCCACUCUUUAGUAAAAUCACUGUAAAGAUCUCUAGUGAUUCAAUAAUUAAUAGUAGUUUCCAUUGUCUGUAUGAUGAUUUAGAUAAGUUACUUAGAAAUCAAACGGCUAGAACUAAACUUUCUAAGGAAAAGAUUAGAUUGAAAGUUUUAGAGAAACCAUUUUAUGAAGUUUGUAAUGAUUCAAGUCAUAAUCAAAUGCUUACAAGUUUUUGUUUUAGUAAGAAAGAUUAUGGUAAUCAAAGUUUAACUAAACAAACUUAUCCUGAUCCUAGUAUACUUCAUCAAAAAUUAUAUCAAUAUAAGAAUUUAAUGCCCCAAGAUAUAUAUAAUUGUUCACAAACUAAAGUUCAUUAUCUUGCAAUUGUUAAUAAUCAUACUGAUCAUUAUUUAGGAGAUUGUUCAUAUUUAGAUACUUGUCAUAAAAUGAAAACUUGUAGAUAUUUACAUUAUUAUACAUUAAUUCCUUCAUCAAAUGAUUCAUUUGAUAAAGAAAAUCAAUUACAAUUAUGUAAAGCUCAUGAUUAUACUAUUGGAGAAUGUUUUACAGAAUAUAAUCGAGAUAUUGUUCCUCCUCAAUGGAUUAAUUGUGAUGUUAGAUAUUUACCAUUUCAAAUAUUAGGUAAAUUCGCAGCCAUUAUAUCUGAUCCAGCUUGGGAUAUUCAUAUGUCAUUACCUUAUGGUACAUGUAAAGAUGAUGAAUUAUUAGCUUUACCAAUGCAUGAAUUACAAGAUGAAGGAAUUAUAUUACUUUGGGUUACUGGUAGAUCAAUUGAAAUUGGUAGAAGAGCUUUACAAAAAUGGGGGUAUCAUAUUUCUGAUGAAAUGAUUUGGGUUAAAUUAAAUCAAUUAAGAAGAACCAUUGUUACUGGAAGAACUGGUCAUUGGUUAAAUCAUUCAAAGGAGCAUUUAUUAGUAGGAAUUAAGGGAAAUCCUAUAUGGUUAAAUCGUAAAAUGGAUUUUGAUGUUGUAGUUAGUAGUACAAGAGAAACUCUGAGAAAGCCUGAUGAAAUUUAUGAUAUUGUUGAAAGAAUGGUUGGCAUACAUUCUCGUAAAUUAGAAAUCUUUGGUAGAGAUCAUAAUACUAGACCAGGUUGGUUAACUAUUGGUAAUCAAUUACAAGGUACUAAUAUUGUUGAACAAGAAGUUAAAACAAAAUAUGAGUCAUACAUUAAAAAUCGUAAAUAGUUAUAUAUAUAUAUAUACA